AUGCUACCUUUUCUCUUCCCUGACCUCGCUGCCUUUCCCACUGUCGCUGACCUCAUUACCCACCUCCGCGCUAGUGACGCUCGCUACCGCGCUGCCCUUCCUGCUGAGUUCCGCGCCGCCAACCCUCCUCCCAUGUACAUCACUCUCUACUUUCUUGUCACCCGUCUCCCUGAGUCCCUUCGUGUCGUUAGGGACCAGUUUCUCUCUGUCUGUCCCACCACCCUCACUGUCGACCUCCUUGAGGAGUCCCUGCUAGCGGCUGAGAAGAGCAUAGUCGCUGUAGGGGCCUCUCGGGGUGACCCUCGCACCCCCAUCUUUGAGGGGUGUUCUCCUUCCCCCCUGCUGCCCUCUGUCGCCUCUGCCGCUGCGGCCGACCUCGCUGGUUUUGAGUCGGUCGGUGCGGCGUCUGCCCCCAGCGGUAGACGCCGCUCUGGCAAGGGCAAGGGGGGCAAGGGAGCGGGUGGAGCUAGAGGAGGCAGUGGCGGAGGAGGUGGGGGUGGCGGGGGGGGUGGGGGUGGCGGUGGAGGUGGUGGCGGGAGUGGAGGUACUGGUGGAAGCGGUGGAGGCGGAGGUGGCGGCGGAGGCGGUAGCGUAGGAGGCGGGGGCGAGGGUACCAGUGGGGGCGGUGGCGGUGGAGACGGGGGCGGUGGUGGAGGCGGGAGUGGCGGUGGCGGCGGGGGUCGGAGUGUCUCGUCCCAGCGCAGCAGCUCUGGGGGUGGUCAGCGCCAGCAGCAGCAGCAGCAGCAGCAGCGCUCCCGCACCGUCCCCGCCCCUCAGCAGCUCCGUGAGUGGUACUAG